CUCAAAGCAAACAGUUCGAAAAACGUCAACAAAGUUUUGUCUCUGAGACUGUAAACGUGAACAUAAAAUCCAGCUUCUUGGUGUGUAGUUAUUAAGCAGUAGCAGUAAGAACUUCUGAAAACUAAAAGUCAAGAAAUGUCGGAAAAACAACGCCAACCUAGUGGAGACAGGAAGUGGGUGCGGCCAGACCUUCCCAGUAAAUGCACGUAUAAAGUUGGCAUGUGCCCUGAGGAUUCCCCACAUACACGACGAGAGAGGAAACCUAAGCCAGCAAUUAUGCCAAAUAUUCUAUCUAAUAUUGGAAAUACACCUCUAGUCAGACUCAGCAACUUAUCAAAAAGUUAUGGAAUUAAAUGUGAAUUAUUGGCAAAAUGCGAGUUCUUCAAUGCUGGAGGGAGUGUGAAGGAUCGUAUAGGACUGCGUAUGAUAGAAGAUGCUGAGGAGUCAGGAACACUCAAGAAAGGAGAUGUUUUAAUUGAACCUACAUCAGGAAACACAGGAAUUGGUCUGGCAUUGGCAGCAGCUGUAAAAGGAUACCGCUGUAUAAUUGUUAUGCCUGAGAAAAUGAGCAUGGAAAAGGUUGAUGUAUUGAGGGCACUAGGGGCUGAGAUUGUACGCACCCCAACUAGUGCAAGCUUUGACUCCCCUGAAUCUCACAUAGGCGUGGCCCAUAGACUCCUCCAGGAGAUCCCUAACUCCCACAUUCUAGACCAGUACCGCAAUGCAAGUAAUCCACUGGCUCAUUAUGAUGGCACAGCAGAAGAAAUACUAGAGGCUUGUGACAACAAGGUAGAUCUUGUGGUAGUAGGAGCAGGAACUGGGGGGACCAUAACUGGUAUUGCCAGAAAGUUCAAGGAAAAAUGCCCAUCAUGCAGAGUAAUAGGAGUAGAUCCAGAAGGGUCUAUUAUCGCUCGCCCCGAGAGCUUGAACAAAACGGAUGUGACAUUUUACGAAGUGGAAGGAGUCGGAUAUGAUUUCAUACCAACAGUUUGCGAUCUUGAGCAUGUCGAUCAAUGGUAUAAGUCAAAUGACCAAGAAUCACUGUUAAUGUCCAGAAAGAUGAUCAAGGAAGAGGGGCUAUUGUGUGGUGGUUCAAGCGGGGCAAACAUGUCUUGCGCUAUACGGGCUAUCAAGGAGGCGGGACUCAAGGAAGGUCAACGUUGCGUCGUGAUCAUGCCUGACUCUGUUAGAAAUUACAUGACAAAGUUUCUAAGCGAAGAUUGGAUGAGGGAGAGGGGUUUUAUUGAAACAGAUGCAGACCUUAACACUGCUCAAACCUGGUGGUGGAAUUUAAAAGUAAGCGCACUGAAUCUGAAUGCUCCAUUGACAGUGUUUCCCCACAUAUCAAUACAGGAAGUUCAGCAUCUACUGCACACAGAGGGCUUUGAUCAGGUGCCAGUUGUUGAUGAAACAGGUAAAGUGCUGGGCAUGGCCACAGUGGGUCACAUGAUGUCUCAGCUUACCAAGGGAAAGGCAAAAGCUACUGACCCAGUACUGAAAAUUAUUUAUAAACAAUUUAAACAAGUCCAUUUAAACUGUACAUUGGGCAACCUGUCCAGAAUGUUAGAUACUGAUCAUUAUGUACUGGUAGUCCAUGACCAAAGACAAUAUACUGGAGCUGGCGAAACAAAGAUGAACACCAUGAUAUAUGGCAUGUGUACAAGGAUUGAUCUGCUCAACUUUAUAUCUGCGCAACCUAAUACUAAUGGAGUCUAAUUUAGACUCAUAUCCCCAACAAAAAGGCAUUAAGCGACGCAUGCAUGGUGUGUUAAUAGAGUGCUUCCCAGGAAUUUGGGAAGAACAUGGAGGAUAACUUCAACAGAAUAAUUUAUACCCAUUCCAGGAUUAUUUCAACAUCUGGGAUAAUUUCCACAUACUACUAUUACUAUAUAAGAAUUACUACCAACAAGUACUUGCAUGACUACCAUGCAUUGGAACACUACUUACUACCAAUGACUAUAUACUUGGAAUUGGAUUACUAAUACAGCAAAACCUGUCUAAAUGGAACA